UCUAUACCUGAGGGAAUAAAAAUUGUAAAGUAUAUAGCAUUUAUUCUAUAUACACUACUCACGAGGGGAGGGUUCGAACUUGAAAGUGAGCGAGGGGAGGGUCCCGUCAGAAUGGCCUCUUACUAAAGUAGUUGAGUCAGUUCACGUACAGACACUGCAUCGAGAACACCACCCGCUGUCUAAAUGUCUCGAUAUUUAUUUGUCAUUCUAUUGUUUUUCUUUUUUUUCAUCUCACCCCCCUUAUUACCACCACCCUCCUCUAGUUUUAUUCAAUUAACAUAAUAUAAUAUGCAUAUAUGUAUAAGCAGUGCGACAGUGUCAUAUGUGUGCAUUUAUACACAAAAGAAGACUGAAAAAAUUAUUUCAAAUUAAAAAAAGAAAGAGAGAGAGAGAGAGAGAGAAAAAGAAAAAACAAAAAAAAAUUGUAAUGAUGUCGUACGAUUAUCCACAUCCGGUUUCAAGGACUUAUCAAUAUAAAAAAAUUACAAAACCACUGCUGGAGAGAAAGAGACGAGCGCGAAUAAAUCGAUGUCUCGAGGAAUUAAAAGAUCUUAUGGUAGACGCCUUGGAAACCGAGGGUGAAAAUAUCAGUAAAUUAGAGAAGGCGGAUAUUUUGGAAUUGACUGUUCGUCAUUUGCAAAGGCUUCAAACGUCACGGCCAUCAGGAUUAUCCAUUUCCGGAUCAUCAAAUGAAGAUGCGUCUGCGGAAAGUCGAUGGCAAUCUGGAUUUGGUCAUUGUGCCGCUGAGGCUUGCAGAUUUUUAGCCUCUCUUCCCGGCGAAACUGCCGAUAAACUUUUCAAACAUCUCUCAACACUUUUAACACAAACACCAAGCGAUGAACAGAAUGCUACGAAUGAAAUUCUCGUCUCGACAACGCUAAAAAGUUUGGAAAGAACCGCUAAUAUAAUUGCACCCUGUCAGUCUCCGAAUUCGUCGAGUGAAUCUGGAACAUCGAUCAUCGAUGAGAAACGAAGACCAUCAUCAAGUGAACCAAUUCAACAGCAGCCGAAGCAAUAUCAUUCAAAAGCGGAAAUGAUAAAUAAUAAUACCAAUAAUAAUAAUAAUAAUAAUAAUCGUUUGGAAAUUAUUAAAUCUCCAUAUGCAAGGCCACAAAUUGACAAUAAUGAAGUUCUUCGAAGUCAAUUGUUCAUAAAAGAAGAUAAAAAUAAUUUAAUUGACAAAAAUUCGAAUCCAAAAUCAAAUCACAAUCAUUAUUCAAAUAAUUCACAAACUAAAAUUGAAAAAAUACCAAAUUUGGAAUCAAUUGUCGAUGAUGAGGAGGAAAUUGAUGUCGUUAGAAUUGACGAUCCCUGUGAUCCAAUGUGGAGGCCUUGGUAAAUUUUUUUCCACGAUUUUUUUAUUUUUAUUUAGAAAAAGAAAUUUUCUAUUUUUGAUAAUAGCUGUCUUGGUAAAUUUAUUUUUUCUAUUUUUUAUUCAAUUGAAAAAAAAAAUUU